UUGUCUAAUGAUGUGAUGUCACUUCACUCACAGUGGUGGUGGUCUGCUGAUAAAUUUGUUCUUGUUUAAGUUAGGUUAAGUAGGGUGUGGUAGAUUUAUAAAAUUAUUUGAAGUGUUGUAAAAACAUUUAUAGAGUAUCUAAAAUGGAUAGUCAAGGUAGAAAAGUUAUUGUUUGUGAUAAUGGAACUGGAUUUGUAAAGUGCGGUUAUGCUGGAUCCAAUUUUCCUGAGCACAUUUUCCCCUCCAUGGUGGGGAGACCUAUCAUCAGAGCUGUCAACAAAAUUGGAGACAUCGAAGUCAAGGGAUAUUGUGUCAGAGAACUUCCUGACUUGAUGGUAGGCGAUGAAGCAAGCAAACUUCGUUCCAUGUUAGAGCUCAACUAUCCCAUGGAAAACGGAAUUGUCAGGAAUUGGAAAGACAUGUGUCACGUAUGGGACUACACGUUUGGCCCAGAGAAGAUGAAUAUAGACCCUAAAGAGUGUAAAAUUCUAUUAACUGAACCACCAAUGAAUCCUAUCAAGAACAGAGAAAAAAUGAUCGAGGUUAUGUUCGAGCAGUACCAGUUCCAUGGUGCUUACAUCGCCAUCCAGGCCGUGCUGACUCUCUACGCACAAGGACUGAUCAGUGGUGUGGUGGUGGACUCUGGAGAUGGCGUGACUCACAUCUGUCCUGUCUACGAAGAGUACGCGCUGCCACAUCUCACACGAAGGCUGGACAUUGCUGGCCGUGACAUCACCAAAUACCUUAUUAAGUUGCUGCUGCUAAGAGGCUAUGCGUUCAACCACACGGCAGACUUUGAGACCGUUCGGCAGAUGAAGGAGAAACUCUGUUACGUCGGCUACAACAUUGAGACUGAACAGAAAUUGGCUCUGGAGACGACAGUGCUGGUGGAGCCCUACACGUUACCAGAUGGUCGGGUUAUCAAGCUCGGUGGAGAGAGGUUUGAAGCCCCAGAAGCUCUCUUUCAGCCACAUCUCAUCGAUGUGGAGGGUCAAGGAAUAGCAGAGCUGGUGUUCAACACGAUACAGGCGGCGCACAUCGACAUCCGAGCUGAGUUGUACAAACACAUCGUGCUCUCCGGAGGUUCCACCAUGUACCCGGGACUGCCCAGCCGGUUGGAGCGGGAGAUCAAACAACUCUACCUGGAGCGCGUCUUGCGCAACGACAUGGAUAAGCUCAAUAAGCUGAAGAUCAGGAUAGAAGAUCCUCCAAGGCGGAAGGACAUGGUGUUCAUCGGUGGGGCUGUCCUGGCCGAGGUGAUGAAGGACAAACCCAACUUCUGGAUCACCAACCAGGAGUACCAGGAAGAGGGCAAGAAUGUGCUCAACAAACUCGGUCCACGUUCUGGUUAAAUAUCCUACCUCAAAAACGUUUUGUUUUGAUAUAAGUUAAUAUGUAUAUUUUUAAAUAUUUAAAUUUUUUGUAAGACUUUGCAUUUACUUAAGAGUUUUCAAAGUUUUUAUACUGUUAAAUAGGUUUAUACUAUAAAAGUCAUUUAAUAUAAGAUUGAUUCACUAUGAGUUUAGCGAAAUCGAACGUUUUUCAUUUUACCUGCUUUAAGACUUGCAUUUCUAUAGAAGCAGCAUGAUUAUUGAGAUGAAAUGUAUCAAGAUAAAUAAUGGAAACGUGGUUGAUAACAAUUAGUUUUAAAAACCGUUUCAAUAUAGUCUUUCUCUAUCUUCGUAUUAUAAAUGAGUACAACUGUGAAUAUGAUAAAAAAUGGGUAGAAAAAUUAAAUACAAGUGAUAUUUCUCUAUUAAUCAUUGUAUAAAUGACUUAAAGUGUACAUAAUAUAUAGUGGGUAGAAAAAGUAACAGAUAAAUUAAUGAUGGAAUUCGAAGUCCAGCUUUGCAACAAUGAAAGUUAGGGAUCUCGUGAUAAAUAUUUUCAAAACAGAUUAAACAUAUUAAAUAAGUUAAGGUGUUAAUUUCGGUUAACAUCAGCCCUAACACUUGGCUUUCUUUGCCAUAUUGAUGAGAUUAGCAACAAUUUUAUUGACUGACAGAUAAAUUGACAGAAAAUUCACCCACUAGUUUAAUAUAAAAAUUCAACUACCAAAUAAGACUAACAAGAGUUUUGAGGUUAGGAAAAGAGGAUUUUGGUGCAAAUGUUUUUUUUAUAGAUAAUCCUCAAAUAAUGACACAAAUUGUUAAAACUAUUUUUCAACAGUUUAUAUUUAGUUUAUUGCCUUUGUUUGUCUAGAUAUAAAUAUUUAUUGUGAUUUAUUAUCAAAAAGUGUAUUUAUAAGUAAAGUUAUAUUCCACACACAGAUAAGUAUUAUCAUAAUUAUUAUUUUGUAUAAGUUAUCAUUUAGUUUUAUUUAUAAAUCUUUAUUAUUAUUGUGAAAUAAAAUUAGCUCAUUUUUUUAAAGAUUGUAAAAUAUUACAAUGUUUAGGAAUAAAUUGUGAGAUAUCCUGUUUGUAUA